AUUUGAUUCAAAAAUCGAUAAAUGCAACGCAUCACCUUGUCUGUUGUGGAUAAACAUAUAUAUUAGAUAAAUUUUUACAUAUAUAUAUGUUGACGCUUUACUUGAAAAAUUACAUUACGAAUUUUUAAUCUUGUUGUUCUCAAAUUAAAAGUGAAGUGAUCUGAACGCAUUUCGUUUUCAUUGUGUCUAAGUGAUUUAAGAUUCAAAAAUGAGUCAAGUUAAUCGUCCGACAUCGCAUAUUGUUUCGGAAAUAUUUACUGAUUUUGGGACAGCGUUUACACUUUUGGGAGAAUUAGAAGUGUAUUUGAACCCGGACUCUGAUACCAAUAACAAAAUUGCCGAAAGUGAUUUGCUGGCCUUGCGAGCUGCCGUAAACAAAUUUGGUGAAGAAAUUGAAAAUAUGUGUCAAAGGAUAAAAGAAAGAACUCUUUUGCAAAUUAGGAACAGUAUGAAAAGGCAUGCUUAUGAGGAAGCUGGCUUGCCAUUAAGAAAACAGCAGAUAUUAGCUACUUCUAAAACACCCAUUUCGCAAGAGAAAGCGAGAAAUGCCAGCAGUGUACUAUCCCAAUCAUCUGCAAAGUCUGCUGAUAUAACCCUAAAUAUGCUUAAUGCUACUGAACAAGAGGUUGAUGUUGAAGGUCUUGCGACUGCAGAUAAAUUAGAUUAUGGUUGCACGGAUGGAUCAUAAGCUUUUCUAAUGAUCAAGAUACCAUUAUUCAUUAUUCAAAUUGACAUUUAUAUAAUAUUUUGUUUCAUAUCGAUUCAUUUUAAUAAUAAAUUAUAUUUAGACUGAAACAUCAUGUUAAUUUUUCUAAUAAAUUACACUUUUCAUGUCAGUAUUUCAGUCAUAUUUAAUUGGAUAUUAUCAUCAUUUUGGAAAUUAGACAAUUUUCUUAUAUGAUGAAUUUGUAUUAUAUUUCUCUCAUAAAAGAAAACUACUUGUUGGAAAUAUUUUCAACCUAAAAUAUAAAUACAAUAUAGGAAGAUUCUUGUUACAUUUCAUAAACUUUUGCAGAAGUUUGUCUUAUAUGUAUUCCACAUAGUAUAUAUUCUAACAUUGAAGCACAGUGCCUUUCAUAAUUAAUUAUACAUUCUUUUAAUGUAUUUAUUUGAAAAAAAUUCAUAAAUGUCAUAUUGUAUGGUAAAAUGCAUGCUCUAAUUUUAAAUGCAGUUAAUGUAAUAUAUUAGGUGCUGUUAAUAUUUGCUUUGCAUUAAGCUUGACAAUUUCUAUAAUAAUGAUUGCUCUUUUUUAUCCAUAUCAUCUUAAUUUUGAUUAAUUAUUUUAAAUAGAUUUUUAUGCAUAUUUUUUUAUUUCCCCAAUAUUAUAAUGGUAUCCUGAAGAUUUGAAAAUGUUUUCUUUGCUUAGUUUGUAGAGGCCAUCAUGAUCUUUUUUUAAAUGUAUCGGCAUUUGUACUGAUUUUAAAUAAUCGUUCAAAUUUUCUAGAAAAAGAUUAUGUAUCAUAUUAAAUCCAUUUUGUAUUUAGGUGUUAUGAUAUAUAUUGUAAGGUAUGUUAAAAAAAUAAAAAAAGGGAGAAGAAAAA